AUGAAUGGUACUAUGAUGAAAAGCUCUUUGGAUUUCAAUAAAUCCAUAGCCAAAAGAAAACAAAGAAGUCUUUCUAAUACCAAACCGCGAAGCAUUGUUAGUAGGAACUAAGAUUUAUCUAGCACUUGCAAUACAUUCAAAGAAACUACUUAAUGUUCCCCUGAUAAAUCUGUUUACUUAUAAAAUUACUUAAUGCUCAAUUCUAAUGGAAACUAUGAUACAUUCUACUCUAUAAAGAAUUAGAAGAAUAGGUUUGCUUAAAACCUAGUACCCUAGUAUUAGAAGUAAAAUGGAAGCAAGAAUGAAAUAAAUCACUAUAUGCCUGUGCAUUCAAACUAAAUGCAUUUAAUAAGGAAUAAAAAAUAUACUGAAGAAAGAGUACCAGUAGAUAUACAAACAGGAGAGAUAUUAAAGAAAUAAAAUUAUUAAUAGAUGAAAGAAUAAAAUGCAAACUCAAUUUCAUAAGUUAAAAGAAAUAGAAUAUAUUCUACUUAAAAUUCUUAACAAGAUACAUAAAUAGAUUUAAACAGGUAGAAUUUGUAUAUAUCCAAUUAUGACAAAGACCUAAGAGUAAAUCAAGAUAUUAUUAAGAAUAAAAACAUUAGACAUGUUUCAGUAAAUAGUGAUGGCUCACCAGAUUGGUUCAAAACAUCUAUGGGAUUCUUUUCUAAGCCAUUUGUUCAAGGAAAAGUUUAUACAUAUGCAGGCCCACAGUUUAAUAUUAUCCCAUAGAAUCAAAAAAGUGUUUACUAAGAUUUAAAAAUAAAAAAUAAUAGCAGUGCUUUUAAUGAUUGUAGCAGAAGAGAAAGAACUAACAUUUAAGAAAUUAAAAAAGAUACACUCAAAAUGAGAUGGGAUGUUUCUGAUAAUGAAAGAAGCUUUCGUGUAACAUAAAAAGUAGGUGCAACUAUAAAUUAUAACUAGAACGAUACAAUAAGAAAUAAUGUUUACAGAAGAUAGUAAACUGAUUUAGUAAGUGAUAAGAUAGGAAGUAGUCCAAGAAACUCUUCAUUACUUAAAUAGCAAAGACCAAUAUAAAUAAAGAUUGGUCAUAAUAGUUUUGUAAAUACCUAGUAAGUAUUUUGA